AUGCCCAAGCCGGCUCAAGUCUCCAACGCCGGCAGGCUCAAGUAUGCCGACCCUAAAGACCUCCCCAGCUUCCCCUCUACCGGUCUCAGCGAGAACGGUGCCGCUGCCAGCGCCGCCGCCACCCUAGGAUGGGCCAACCAAAAGUCUCCCGAGCCCUGGCGGCCGGACAAGGCUCCCUCUGCCUCUGCCGCCGCUGUUCUCGCCAAAGAUUACAAGUCGUCUCCCAUCUGGGAGCCUUCCAGCAGCACCGGCGCUAGCAAGGCCGCUCUCCUAGCCGUUGGCUCCGCCACUGCCGCCCUCAAGCAAGCUCCCUCAACGCCAACCAAGUCUCCUCACGACAAUUGGGGCAAUUCUGCAGCAACUCAAGCUUUUCAUGCUUCUCGCCCAGAUUCUGCCACAACGUCCAGCCUAGCCGGCGGUGACACUGCCGCCACUCAGGCUUUCCACACCAACCGAGCCUCCACUAUCCAACCUAGCGCCCAGUCCUCGCCCGACAAGUCAAUCGAGCAGCGCUCACUGGCGGCUGCCAAAGGAGCCAUGGCUUCUUCAAGGCUUGACUCUGCACGCCCCGCCUCCACUCAUAAGGAGCAUUCUACUCUAGAGGCAAGCGCCGCAGCUAGUGCCCUCAACGGUGCUGCACUCGCCCAUCGCAAAUCUCUGAUGACGCACAAGCCCACCAUCGACGAAGUUGGUGCUUCCCCCAUCACCAACAUGAACCGAAACAUGUUUACCUCGCAUCCGCCAGUCAAGAUGGAGACUGACGAGGAACGAAUCCACAACACUGCUGUCCAGAUGGCCAGGAAGAUGUACCAACACCAGCAGAAGAUGCUUGACCAGACCAAGGAUGCCCAAAAGGACCAGGAGGGCACUCCCUUUGCCGGCACCUACCUCAAUCUCCAGGACGCCGCGUACAAACAGGCCCAGGAGCGCCUCGCCAAGCUUCACGACGAGCACCAGCAGAACCGUGAAGCCCAAGAAUACUACGGCAACUCUUCUUCGCCCCGCCGCAAAUUUUCCAUGUCCCAGAGGCUGCGCCGCCGCGCCAACAGCGACCCCGAACCCGACGACAAAGUUCGCUCCGAAAGCAUCCGCCAGCAAAUGUCCAUGUUCUCCACCAAGCUGUCCCAGGUCGACACCGAGAAGCGGGCUAAGGACCGCGAGGCGCUUCUCGCUGCUGCUCAGCGCAACGUCAAAGCUCGUCUGCAAGGCAUGGACGAAAAGGUCUACAACGAGACUGGCAAGCGCCACUCGACCAUGUUUACUGGUUGGGAAAUGAAGGCUCAGCAAGCUGCUCAAUCUCGAUCCGACACACGUACGCAGAAUCACGGCAAAAUCGAUAUUGGUGGCGGCAAAUUCAUGACUCAGGAAGAAGUCAAUGCCAUUGCCGCCAAGAGACUUCAGCCUGUGCUGGAUGACAUUAACGAAAAGGCAGAGGCUGAACGUGAACGUCUGGCCACAUUAAAGGCAGAGGAGGAUGCCCGACGCGAGGAGCAGGAGAGAAUAAAGGCCGAGGAGCGUGCUGAGAAGGAAGAGGCUAAGAAGGCCAAGGAGCAAGAAAAGGCCGAGGAAAAGGCCAGACGUGCCGAGGAAAAGCACGAGGCCAAGGCUAGAAAGGAGGAGGAGAAGCUAGAAGCAAAGGCGAGGAAGGAUGAGGAGAAGGCCAGAAAGGCAGAGGAAAAGGCUGAAGAGCAACGUGUAAAGGAAGAGAAGCGCAAAUCAAAGCUUGGUGGUGGUGCUGCGGUCGCUCCCACAACUGGAGAGGACACCGAAACUGCGCCCGAUACCCGUCCAUCUCACGAUGCGCAACCGUCCGCCGCGGCCGAAGAAGACGACAGCGACGACCUCUUGGAUACAGAUAACGAGCACGAGGCGCACCCAGGUGGUGUCGUGGGGGGCGCGUCCAGCAGCCACGCCGUCGAGAGCACCGACGAGCGCGCGCCCCGCAAGUCGGCCGAGGGCUCUUCCUCGUCGCAAAAGUCCAAGUCGGGCGUCAAGAGCUGGAUCAAGAAGCGUUUUUCCACCUCGCGAAGCAAAAACGAGACGGCCGCCGAAAAGGACCACGGCGAGAAGCGGCGCAGCUUCUUUGGCGGUGCGCACAAGGCCAAGGCCGCCGCCUCGGCCUCCAACAACAACGCAAGCAACACUAGCCUGGGGAGGCGCUCGUCCAGCAUUCGCGAUGUUGCGUUGGCCGGCAGAAGCGGAGAACAACCUGACGAGGACACUGCCGACGUGACGACGGAGACGGCGGCGGAAAAGCUAAAGUCUGCGGAUGAAAAGCCUGUUGAAAAGACGGAGCCAAUUGUUGAGACACCUGCGGUAAAGGAUACCGAGGAAAUCCACAAAUUCCCCGCGCUGGAGAUCGAGGAGCCAGAAGCCAACAAGGCCGCCUCGUCCGCUGCCGUCGCCGCCGCCCACACGCUGCCCAGAGUCGCCACGACCGCCGAAACGGCCGACUCGCGCGGCGUGAGCCCCGUCACCACCCCGUAUGAAGACGCCGAGGAGCGCAGCCGCACUCUAGAGCUGCCCAAGCCCCUCGAGGACCCUCGGAGGAGGAGCAGCAGCAUAGCCCGCGAUUCUCGCUUCAAGGAGGAAAUGUAA